AUGUCUUUUGCACGCCUACCAAGCGAACUGCUCUACCAAAUAACUAAUUAUCUGGAUUCACCUCGCGAAAUGACUGCCCUUAUGAAAACAAAUCGCUUAUUGUACGCCUUCUUCAGACCUCUUCGUUAUGAGCAUAAUAUCCAACAUGAACAAAGCUCUGCUUUAUCAUGGGUUGCGGCGGGAGGAUACCUACAAACAGUCCGGAACAUGAUUACAAACGGAGCCAAUAUUGAAACGACGAAAAAGAACCGAAAGGGGAGCUCAUUUGAUAGGCUCAUGGAGGAUGUGACACCUUUGGGUAUGGCUGUACUCCACGGGCAUUACGCAGUGACCGUGCUUUUGGUAGAAAGCGGUGCCAACAUCAACACCCAAUUUUUCACGCCCAAGACGACACCACUCGAAGUUGCAGCAUACUGGGGUCGCUUGGAAAUUGUGGCUUAUUUGGUCAAAACAAUGAUUGGCCGUUGUGGAACUCUGCAGGACAUUCCUUAUUCUGGUCCAAUAUCGGAGGCUGUGUCGAGGAACCAAGUCGAAAUUGUUCGCUUUUUGCUGGACAAGGGAGCCGAUAUCGAGUCUAAGGAUUGCCACGGUGAUAGCUUACUAUGUCAAGCGAUCAAUAUUUGGGGCCAUUCAGGUGGAGAAGUAGGAGUCCUUUUGAUCGAGAGAGGGGCAGAUGUCACUGUGAAGGAUUAUUGUGGUGCAACUCCUCUGCACAAUGCCGUACGCUUAGGUUUUGCUGACGCCGUUCGAUUAUUACUUGAGAAUGGAGCUGAUUCUGAGGCAUUGACCGAUGGCGAUGAGGAAUCGCCAUUAGAUUGGAUCGGGCACCAGUAUUGA